AUGUCUAAUGUAACUGAUCAAAAUAGUACUGUUAUUAAUGAUAUACCAUUUGGUUAUUUAAUCUGUCAUAUUUUUACAUUGCUUAGUCUGUCUGUUGGUAUUCUUAUAUCAUCUAUGACUUUAUGUAUUCUUAUUUUCUAUCGCCGUUCAUACUUUGAUGUAGCUACUUUACUUACAUGUAAUACGUGUGUAGCAAAUCUUUUAUUGUGCGUAACUAUUGGUGAUCUAAUUUUAUCUGGUUUAUAUGGCGAUAGGUAUUUGGGAUCGGUAAACAUUGUUACACCACCUAACCGAUGGUGUAUAACACGAUAUGUUUUAAUGUGCGGUUUUAUUGCUUCAUUUUAUCAUUCAUAUAUAUUACAAGCUGCCAAUCGUGUAUUCCGUGUUAUAUUUUAUCGACAUAAAUUUUUGCAAAAUUAUUUAUUAUAUUUAAUAACUAUAUCGAUCCAAUGGUUUAUUUCAUUUUUAAUUAUCAUGCCAGUAUUAUUUUGGAAUGUAAUUUUAUAUUUAGAAAAUGAACAUUAUUGUCAGGCACCAUUAUCAUCUAAUUCAACAUUUUAUACAGCAUUUACAAUUUACUUUAUUCCAUUAUUAAUUAUGAUACCUAUGUAUAUUUGGAUAUGGUUACAUAUUCGUCGAUCAACAUCAAAUACAUUAAGAAAACAACAAAAUUUAAGAGACUUUUUAGUAUUGAAACGUUUAAUUAUUCAAAUGAGUGUAUUAAUUAGUGUUGGUUUUCCAAUAAUGGCUAUAUGGAUUGUUUAUUUAAUAACUGGUUAUUUACAUCCAUAUACACAUCGUAUUCAGUGGUUAACUGUAUCGUUUGGUUUAGCAUGUAUAAGUGUAAUGAUCAUUCUUUUAACACCAAAUUUAAAAAAUGUACUCUGUAAUAUUAUUAAAAGUGUAACUAGAUUACAAACAAAUCGAAUUAUUCCAGCAGGAGAGAUAAUGAACCAAACACGAAACUCUGCUACAAAUCUUUGUUAG